AUGCCUAUCGAUCGAGUCAACCGAACAAGUCUGCAACUGUGUGCCGCUGUCGCGGAUGAUGUUCCUGCCCAGGUCAUCGGCACUUCAAUCGCGCCGCUCCGGGCUGUUAGAUCAGUUUGGAGUUGCAGUUCUUCUUAUCGAAGAGUGUGUGCGUUGUGCUGCCAUAGUUUUUUGGUCGUGUCAGACCUCCACACGGCAUGUGCUGCUCUCCUGCAUCGGAUUUUCUACGGCUUGUCGGCAAAGGUGCCGUUUCGCUGUGCCGAUGAUUUGGUUUGGCUAAUGUACGCCUCGCCGAAUGUGACACUCGAGCAAGAGCAGCCACUCAGACUGGCCAAUGUCUUCUGA